AUGUCUUCUUCAGUAAGCAGGGCAGACAUUCGCACACCUGUCAAAUCUACACCACAGAAGCCCACGGCUGUCGUCGAUAGCCCAGGCACUUGGAGGCAUCCCCGUCUGAACGAGAUUACGAGACGGCGCAAUGCCACUACAUUUUCCGAGAAGAACGUGAGAAGCAUCGCGCUCAACAUUGCCUUCCUGGUCAGCUUGUGGCUCUCGCAGGUUCUCGCACGAUCUUACAUCCCCGCGCAGUGGUUUAGCGCUUCUCUGCGAUUCUACCUUGGCUGGGCGUACUAUGCGAUCCAACUCAUUCCCCUAGGCAACAUCGGCAUGGCCAUGCUGCCACUUUUCCGGCCCGCUGACGACCUUGCCGACAUCCCUCUGACACCCGCUCAGCGCAAGCUCCUCGGCCUGCCGCCUAGUGCAGCCACUGCUACGCCAGAUGCUGUCUACAGCACCCCGCCGCGAUACUCGCGAACUCCAUCUCUGGCCGGAUCUCCUGCAAGCAACCGCAGUUUCUCUGGCUCUCCUCUGUCAGGACGGGGCAGUCCUGCGCUCGGCUCGUCCUUGAACGGGCAAUCUUACUCCCCUUCUCCUCUGAACAACAGCAACAACAGCCCCUCCAAGUUUUCGGCAAGCUUUAACAGCACCCGAAGGUCAUCCUUUGGCUCUUCGACCAACUUGGGAGCGAGCACAAGCUCGUCCCUUUUCCCUGACCCUGGCACGCCUAGCCCUUCAGCUGGUAAGCGCACUAGUGUUGGCUUGAACAACAAAUGGCUUUACGAGCGGGGAAGGCGGUCAUCUGGAGGCACCUGGCUGCACUGA